CGAAUUGUGUGGGAGUUCCCUGGUCCCCCUGAGGCUCAUGUUCUAGUCACUGGUCACAGGUUGCUCUUUACCUCGCUGAGGACACUUGGCUUUCCUCGCACAUUGUUUCAUCUGGAGGAUUGUCAGAUUGUAUCAGGAGCACUUCUUUCUUUUUCUAUCUUUACUCAUAUCAUGAAAUGAAAUAGUUUAGCAUUUUGCAGCCAUGGUUACUACAGGGGGAAGACUUUCAACACAAGGCAAUCAAAGUGCUUUUCAAAAAGGAAAGACAAUAAGAGCAUUAAGAAAUAGUGCAGUGGAAACGCAAACAUUAAAAAGCAAAGAUAAUAAAACAUGAAUACAAGUUACAGUGCAAGAUGUGAAUAGUUCCAUUAAAAGCAGAGGCAAAAAGGAAAGCCUUCAGCCUGGAUUUGAAAGGAGUCGGAGUCGCAGCGGAGCGGCAGGUUUCUGGACUUUGUUCCAGAUAUUGGGCAAUAUCCCUAAAAGCAGUAAACAUACCGUUUCUUUUGGACAGUAUUACCUUGAACGAAAAGGGAAUGUUUGGAACCAAAGUGAGGAUUCCAUUUUAGCAUUAUAGAUUUAAAAUAAUUAUAUAUAACUUCCAAUAAUAUCAGUCAAUUUUAUUUCAUAAUCCUCACAGUAGACUUCAAAAUUGUGAAAAAAGUGUUACAAUGUCUUUGUAAACAUUCAGCUUAAACACACUGUAUAAAGGGCAGCAGCCAAUCGGAGGACAGAGGGUCUAGUGAGUGGUUUGGAUCAAAGCUAAAUAACAUGUAGUGUUUGUUCUGUUAUCUUGUGUAAACUGCCCCCCUCAGAAGUGAUGGUUCGGAAGAGGCCGGCUGCAGCAGGUUAAUGAUUACAGCGGCUCUGUUUAUCUGUGUGUGUGUCCUGUGUGUGAGGGGCAGACACUCAGGGGACAGCCAUGGCAGGACAGCGUGUGUGUGUGUCCGACUUCGAGAAAGAAGCUGAGAAAGUUCUUCCUAAAGCCGUUUACGAUUACUACCGCUCAGGAGCUGAUGAGCAGAGCACACUGGCUGACAAUGUGGCUGCCUUUAACAGGUGGCGUCUCCUCCCCCGGGUGUUGAGGGACGUCUCCUCAGUGGACCUGUCCGUCUCUGUGCUGGGACAGAAGCUCAGCAUGCCGGUGUGUGUGGGAGCCACCGCCAUGCAGAGGAUGGCCCACCCUGAGGGGGAGAUGGCCACAGCCAGAGCAUGCCAAGCAGCAGGGACAGGGAUGAUGCUGAGCUCCUGGGCCACAUCCACCAUAGAGGAAGUGAUGUCAGCGAUGACAGCCACAGGAGGCGGGGUCAUGUGGCUGCAGCUCUACAUCUACAGAGACCGAGAGCUCACUCUGUCAUUGGUCCGCCGGGCAGAGGAGGCGGCCUAUAAGGCCAUAUUUGUCACCGUGGAUACACCUUACCUGGGGAGGCGAUUGGAUGACAUGCGCAACCGCUUUAAACUUCCCUCACACCUCAGCCUGUCUAACUUCUCAUCAGCCUCCCUGGCUUUCUCUGAGGGUAACUAUGGCAACGACAGUGGUUUGGCUGUUUACGUUGCCAAAGCGAUAGACCCCACCCUCUGCUGGGACGACAUCACAUGGCUGAAAAAACACACACACCUACCUGUGAUCGUCAAGGGAGUCCUAAAUGCUGAGGAUGCUGUCCAAGCUGUGAACUAUGGAGUCGAUGGUAUCCUGGUGUCCAAUCACGGAGCUCGACAGCUGGAUGGGGUUCCUGCCACGCUGGAUGUGCUGGAGGAGGUGGUGGGGGCGGUGCAGGGGCGCUGUGACGUCUUCAUGGACGGAGGAGUGAGGCGGGGGUCAGACGUGCUGAAGGCUUUAGCUCUGGGGGCCAAGGCAGUCUUCAUCGGCCGCCCCGUGCUGUGGGGGCUCGCCUGUCAGGGGGAAGAGGGAGUGACAGAGAUCCUGGAACUUUUUAAAGAGGAGCUACGACUGGCUAUGGCUCUCUCAGGUUGUCGUUCUGUAUCUGAGGUCAGCAGGUCUCUGGUCAGGAGAGCAGACUUCACUUCCAGGAUGUAAGAGAUGAACCUGCUGAUGAGGCAAUAUUAUACUGCUAUUUGUCAUAUUAUGAAACUAUUUUUGUAUUCAUCCGUGUUUUUUCAAAUGUAUUGCAACAACUGGUUUUACCUAACCAGUUUAGCCCAAAGCCUGUUUUCCAGGUCUCAGGCUCGAAAAUGACAUUCCCAGAACAAAUGACUAUAUCUUCCCUUCUAAAAGGAUUAAAUUAAUAAUCUUUUUCCUCAAAGCAAUGAUAAACCUGUGAGUUGGAUGUAGAAGAGUCAGAAUUAAUAGAUUUAUUUUUAUUUUAAAGUAAUUUCAGAUUGAACAUAGUAAACAUUUUUUAAUUAUAGUGUCCUUCCAAAAAUAAACCAUUACUUAUAGUGAAAACCACCCUUAAAUGAUGAUAGUAGACUAACAGCUUUAAGAAUCCAAACUAUAACAUAUAAUAAGUACCCUGUAUCAAGAUUGAUGCAAAACAAGUGACAUUUGUUCUUUUUAGAGAGGUUUAGCAAAAAAAUAACCACUUCUGGGUUGGGUUGGGAACCGAAACUCGGUUCCAGAUGAGAACCGAUAACAAAAUGCCGGGUACCGGGUAUCCAUACAAAAUACACAAUUUCGGUUCUGCUUAACGGUUCCUAAACGCGGCAUACCCUGUAUUCCACCUAGUGUUG